UAUAGUGGCGCAAUUUGUUGUUUCACCCUUCAUGGAAAUUGAUAUCCAACAGUUUGCAACUUCUCUUACGCAGAAUUUAAUUUGCAGCGCAGAAUUUUGGCUAACAGAAAUGGAAGUGAUUGCGUUUCAAAAUGAUUUAGCUUUAAAAUCAUUAGUCUCCAAUACAAAAUGUAUCUGGCCCAAAGAUAUGUAAAUAUUCAGUUUUAUGUCGUGUUGCCUUGAAACUGAAUGCGUUACUUAUAGUAGUUCAACAUAUUUGUGUGAAUCUGCGUUUUCAAAUAUGAAGCUUAUUAAAGACAAAUACCGUAAUCGACUUACAUAUGAACAUUUGGAUAAUUGUAAUAAUUGUAUUCGAAU